AUGGCUCUGCCCCAGAUAAAACCUAAGCAGUCCAAGGAGAGCAACCUGGCACUUCUGUCCCAGAUCCAUGUGUCGAAAAACUGGAAGCUGCCUCCAAGGUUGCCCCAGAGAGCGAAUCAGCAAAGGAAAAGGCCUCAUCAACUCCAGGACGAGUACGGGCCCGAAGAAAAUGAAGAGGAGCUGCAGAAGAAGAAACGCCAGAACAGGGACGCCCAGAGGGCCUACAGAGAACGCAAAAACAACAAGUUGCAAGUGCUCGAGGACACCAUAGAAUCGCUCAGUAAGGUCGUCAAAAACUACGAAGCGAAACUAAGCCGCCUUCAAAGGGAACUUCAAGAGAGGGACUCGGAAAACCACGCGCUGAAAAUGAGGUUGGAUGCCCUCAGCCCGAAGCAGGCCUGUGUGCCCGCUCAGGACCCCAUCCUGCAGACUUUGAUCGAUAAUUUCCAGCCGAUGAAGGCAAUACCCAUGAAGUACAACGCUGCCGCCGCGAAGCGCCAUCGCCACUCGAACGAGCUGCCCAACUCUGCAAAGUGCGGCUUUUGUAGCGACAACACUACCUGCGUUUGCAAAGAACUGGAAACUGACUCCGGCAAGGCUGACGACGAUGCCGCCGUCGCCGUGCAGAAGGGUAUGUCUCCUCCACCACAUCCCCAAUGCAAUAAUAAGGGUAACCCCGUUGGCCUUUGCAGUGACUGCACCAAUAUAGACAAGUCGUGCAUCGACAUCCGGUCCAUCAUCCAUUGA